CUUUAAAAAAUGUGAGGUUGUUAAUUUGAAUCAGACUGAACUUCGCUUCCUCAAAAUUACCUUUUCAACAUGGAAGGUAGAGCACGGUGCAGGGUGUGGCAAAUUAUAGCAGCCACAGUGCUCAUGUGUUCUUUAGCCUCAUGUUUAAUUUAUUUUAGCUUGCAAAGAAUAUCUAAAGUAGGUAAACAAGAUGAGGACAUUGUUGAAGGUAAUGCCUUAGAAGUAAAGAGAGGAAGUAUUUUCUUUAAAGAAAAAGAGCUCGACUACCAGUCAGAUUCUGCUGCUGCUACAGAAAAUGCCUUAACACAACCUGAUCAUGAAGUGGUAGAUGACAUGGCCAAUGCAGCAUGGGGACUACUGAAUGCUAAACUUCAGUGUGGCAGUAAUGAGUUUAAAUUUAAAGCCACGGGACCUGGUGCUGCAGAUAUUCAACUGGAAAUGGAAAAUGGAAAGCGUUUACCUCUAAUCCAGGUUCCCAAAGAGUGUGGAUUCUCAGUGAAACAAACUGCCUUGGGACUUCUUGUCACUGUUUCUUAUGAUGGCUGCAGUGUUAAACAGGAGAAUGGGACCUACAGUUUGCUGAUGAAAUGGAGAGAAGAUGAUGUCAAGAUUACCUGCACCCUGUUGGAAACCCCUGAUAAAACCUUGUCUACUUCUGAGUCAACACAUCCACUCAUGCCACAGCGUUUACACCGCUCUAAACGGCAUCUCAGAUGGCCUCCCGUGUUUUACCCUUGCUCUCCACACAAGCGUUCCCGCCUGUGCAUGUUCACUCCUCCACCAGCUACAACAACCACAACAACCACAACUGCUGAACCAAAAUUACCCCCUCUCAUACAUCCUUAUUACAUACAAAAGAUGCUAUCGCUUUACCCAAUCUAUGAGACCUACCUUAACAUGCCUCCUGAAAAGGUAAUGCACCAACUUGCUGGCAAGAAUCUAGGAUGGAAACUGUUACAGAUGCCUGAGAAGCGUCCCCAACACUUUCAGAUUUUAUUUGAAAUGCUUCCACGCACAACCACCACAGUACCACCUACAACGAUCAAAACCACACCAUGUACGACCACAACAACUACAAGCUACGGUGACAACAACUGUCCUGGUUUCUGGAGACGAUGGGUUCCCUUCCCCAAAUUCAGUCCAAGAGUUUCAAUUAAUGGCCAAGAUUACCUGCAAUUCAUGGGAAAUGGCCAAGAUUACCUGCAAUUCAUGGGAAAUGGCCAAGAUCACUUGCAAUUUAUGGGAAAUGGCCAAGAUCACUUGCAAUUUAUGAGAAAUGAAAAUUACAGACCUGGAUCCCAGACUCGAGAUGUUUCAGAAUCUCUAUGGGAGUCCUUUCCCUUGAUUCCUUUUCCUUGAUUUCCCACCUCAUUUCUCAGUUUGAGGCUACCUGAAAAUACUCUCCUGUUCCCAUUUUUCUUUUUUAAAAAAAAAAAAACAAGCUGUCUAAUGCUGAGUUUAAUAAAAGGUUUGUCCUUUUA